AUGGCGGUCGGCAUCAUGUCAGCGUCUCUGCUCGCUCUCGUUCUCCUCGGAUGUUUACUCCAGACGUUUGGCCAAGGCCAAGUGUUUCGUCGGUCUCCUGAGGCACACGCCGUGUUCCUGCGGACCAAACGGGCCAACCAGUUCCUGGUGGAGGAGAUCCUGAAGGGGAACCUGGAGAGGGAGUGCUUCGAGGAGCAGUGCAACUACGAGGAGGCGCGAGAAGUGUUCGAAGACGACGCCAAGACGCUCACCUUCUGGACCGUUUACCGCGAUGGGGACCAGUGCAAACCCAACCCCUGUCUCAAUGGGGGGAACUGCACCGAUAAGGUGGGGGGGUUCAUCUGCUCCUGCAACAUUCCCUACUACGGACCCAUCUGUGAACUAGAAAUAUCCGAGUGUCCAACAAAAGGCCCGACAGCAUGUCACCAGCUGUGCACGGCUGCCUUUGACUCGUUCACCUGCUCGUGUAUGUCUGGAUUCAAACUACAGAGUGAUGGGCGGAGCUGUCUGCCUGAAGUGGAAUUUCCUUGCGGUCGACUUCCUGAUGCUUCCGUCUGUCACCACAGAAACUGUCCCUGGCAGGUGUCCCUGACAAACAGCAUGGGAGUGGAGCUCUGUGGUGGUGUGGUGCUAGGUCGCCGCUCCGUCCUGACCGCUGCCUCCUGCCUCUACCUCAACUCUGGGCCUGACCUCCGACCUUCACACUUCUUUGUGCUCAUAGGCAACAAGAAGCUCUUCUCAGUCCAAGCCUUGUACCUCCACGACCGCUUCAGUUUAAAUCACCACGACUACAAUAUCGCUCUUCUGCAACUGGCCACGCCUCUACUCUUUGGCCCCACCCUCACUCACCUCUGCUUACCCACUAAAGAUUUCAGCGAAAACGUCCUGAUGGAUUCCGGGAGAAAAGGCGUGGCAGAUAGCGGGGGGCGUGGUCAGAGCUCGGACCUGGUCUACGUGACGUUGGACGAGUGUCACAGGCAGCUGAACGUCUCACACCCGCUCAGCAACAAAAUGUUCUGCAUGAAGAGUCAAACAGAACCUUCGUGGAGGAACGUGAACGUUUUUUCCGAGAAUAAAACCAGACCGUCGGUGGAUCCGAACAUCACCUCAAGUUCAAAGAGGCCUUUAGGGAACCAAAAUAUUGGCACUUUAAACAGGACUCAGACUCAGAUCCAGAUUCACCAUAACACCACUUCAAGGAAUCACGAGGCACCACACGGUGGCAGGUGGAGGUCAAAGGUUAGCAGUCUGUGUGGCAGCUUGUUGCCGGGGUCGCCGGUUGCUACGGUGGAGAAAGGAACAGCGUUUCUGACCGGACUGCUGAUCUCAUCGUCCUCAGGUUGCGACGGUCAGGUGUUCACCAAAGUGUCCCGUUACUUGAACUGGAUCAGACCGAGACUGCUGAGAGCAGAGGAUCACAUGACCCCCCAACUCAGCCAGUAUCCCCAGGAACUCAUCAGCCAAGACAAUACGGUUUUCUGAGCACUGACAUUUAAACUUUCUCUUCUGAGCUAC